AUGGGCCUUCAACCCGUGAAGGGGGAGCUGGUGGACGAGUACGACGUUCGCAUAGGCGACGUUUUGUCGCUCAGGUUGACGCUGCGACCCGAGAUCGCAGCGCUUCGCACGGACGACGACGGGGUGGUGCAUUUCACGGUGGACGUGCUGAGCGCCAAGCUGUCGCCCAACGUGCAUGGCGUGCUGGGUCAGACGUUCCGCCCUGACUUCAUUGGCCGACUCGAGCGGCAGAAGCUAGUGUGGAGCAACCUUUUCAAGACGCAAGUGGUUCCUGGCGACAACGCGGAGGGGUUUAUCGACGGUAUUGUAGACGACUACAGGUGUACCGACCUCGCGCACUCCGACUGCGCCUUUUGUCGCUUUGUGCGUGCGGAAACGCUGGACGAUGAAACCGCCUCCGCUAUAGAGCUGGCUGCUGGCGUUUCAUCCUCGUAUAGUGACAACAGCCGCACUUACCCAUGGAAGGCGCUAGUUGGAGCUUUUUAA